AGCAUUAUUGUUUUAUUUUUCAAUUUUUUUUAUAGAUAUUACAAUAAUACCUUUAUUAUGAAUUGUUUUAGCUACAGUAAUCAGAUGGUCAAAAUCUGAUACUGUGACAGGCCUUAUGUCCUUGAAAAUAUUAUUGGGAAGUAAAAUGUUAUGAAAUAAGUGACAGAAUUUGGUCAAUUUGUCAGUGAAGGAAUCGGAUUACCUUGGUUUUAAAACUUUCUCAGAUUUUCAUUUUAUGGAGUCUCAGAUUAUGUCACUACCUUUCACUUUGAUCACUGCUGAUAUAAUCACAAAUGACCUGUCGUCUUGACGGAUAUUCUUUCAGAUUUCCAACAAAAAUCAAAAUAUCACCUCAUGCCGACAAAAUAAGUAAAGAAUAAUUUCUGUUACAGAUUAUAGCUCAUGUGUUAACCGAGGCAAAUGUGUAAACCUUUGUUGGAAACGUCAAACUGUGUCUGAGUCACAGAAGUUUCUGCAGAGGUCAAGUGAGGAGGAGUUAAAUGAAGACAUGUAAAGUCAAAGAGUAAUGGGCUAAUAAUGGAGAAAAGAAAAGUCAGAAUGCAUUUAAUUCAAAACAUCUAUAUUUGGAAGCUUUUGUCAUCCAUGUUUUAUGUAUUUUAAUUGCAUCAUUUACUUGAUAUUGAUGGGAUUUUACUCUAAUUGUAUGUAAUUAGAUAUUAUAGGAUAUGCACGGCUUUUUCCCACUGCAACUGUGUUCAGAGGUUGUGCUGUAGUUUUGAGUAUUUAUUGGUUUGUUAAUAUCAUAUGUGGCUAGGUGUCUACCAUUAAAUUUUCACUAACUUGUUAUUACUCUUUAUUUCAUUUUUUCCCCAUUUGCUUAUUAUAUUUCAACUCACCACAGUGUUAAAACCAUAGUGAGAAUUAUAAUCUACAUUAUAUUCUUUUACAGAAUAACGUUUCCUUUAAGAAUGGUGCAGUGCUUUUAGAUUCUCAGCUCCAUCUGACAGUGGCAGCAGUGUCAUAACACAAAAAUUAUCUACAGGACGUACAGCCACCAGAUGGAGCUCUGAUUCACAUUAUAAAAGCUUAAAGAAGUCCUUGUUUGGGUUUGAUUUCCCUCGUUUGCCUUUUAUGUGGCCUUUUCAAAAUUAACACGUUUGUGUGCAGAAUAACAAAAAGUUUAUUUCCUCCACUUGCUGAGAUAUCGGAUCAAAUGACAUACUGUUAAUGAGUUACUUAAAAUGCUGCUAUUUUAGGUUUAUGAGGAACCACUCUUGUUGGGUAAUAAUCACAGGUGGCAGUGCAACAUUCACUGUGUAUCAGACUGUUUUCCUGACUCGUAAAUAAAGUCAAAGACAUGAUUUAAUUGAAAUGUAUACAGAGUGGAUUAACACGAUUACCUAUAAAAUAAAUGUAACUCUUAAGUUAUGAUACUUAGCAACUGAAAUUUGUCUUUUCAGUGACUUGAUCAAGAGCAGGGAUGGUGGCCAUCGUAGAUGUCAUUCCAGCCACCCUUUGAUCACAGCUCACAGUAACAUUUUUUAUUAAAUCUGUCAGAAAGAGGCUGGUUCACCACUCACAUGUUCCAUUUUAACACUAUAAUUUGUGUAAUGGAUGAACAAAAUAACAACGUAUCAUUGGGUCAUCCUACAGCCAUACAGCGGUGAAAUGCUUAAAGAUGCAUUGCUAGUUAAUUCAAAUGGUUAGACCACUGAUAACAUUAUUUUUUUUACAGGUUAAUACAUUAAUUCAUUUCACAAUAUCAGUUAUCAGCAUAAUUUUUAAACAUGAUUACUGUUGCCAUCACACUUUCUACAUUCAGGAGUUUCAGCCUUCGUCAUCUAUGACUGUAAGUUACAGUGACGUGUACUGGUUGAGGGAGUGGAAGUCAUCGCAAUAGACCAUUGGCCACUUGUUGAUGUUUAAGGCCAAACUCCUCCCUACAGAAUAUAACAGUCCACAACACAUUAACUAUCAAUCACAGCCUAUCCAUUGAACUUACUUGUGCAGAGCCUGGCUACAUUUUCAGCAAGUCUUACUAGCCAAGGAACUAUUAAUCAAUUUUAGGUCUCACCAGCCUAUUUGGUCGUCACACAGCAGUGUGGAGGAGUCCUCUCUGCAGUACGAGCAGCAUGUUUCAGGAGAUCCUGGCCUUUAUUUUAGCCACUUCUGGGUGGGUGCUGGUGUCUUCCACCUUGCCGACGGACUACUGGAAGGUGUCUUCAAAUGAUGGAACAGUUAUCACCACAGCUACCUACUGGUCCAAUCUGUGGAAGACGUGUGUCACUGAUUCAACUGGAAUAUCUAACUGCAAAGACUUUCCCUCAAUGCUGGCACUGGAUGGUUAUAUCCAAGCCUGCAGGGGACUGAUGAUCGCAGCUGUCUGUCUAGGGUUUUUUGGUUCUAUAUUUGCUCUUGUUGGAAUGAAAUGCACUAAAAUUGGAGGAACAGACAAAAAUAAAGCCAGGAUUGCCUGCUUUGCUGGUGUAAAUUUCGUUCUCAGUGGCAUCUGCUCACUCUCAGCUUGCUCCCUGUAUGCACAUCGGAUAACAUCAGAGUUUUUUGACCCGAUGUUUGUGGAACAGAAGUAUGAACUGGGAGCUGCUCUCUUUAUCGGCUGGGGAGGUUCUAUCCUCUGUAUCCUCGGAGGCAGCAUACUCUGCUUCUCCAUCGCAGGUUCUUUUACCAAAAGCCACAGUCAGACAAACUAUAUUUACAAAGGGGCUGCUGUCUCACAUUCUCAUAUCUCCUCCUAUCCAAGAGGGCAGGCAAAGUCUGUAAACCAACUCCCGCCUCCAGACUACAACAACUCCUCCAGGAUGCAUCACUUUGAUAAGAAUGCAUAUGUGUGAGGGAUGUGAAUAUAAAACACCUUUAGUGAAAGCCACUAGUGAGCCUUUAAAGAUACUCUGUAUACAUUCUAAUAAAUGUACGACAAACAGCACACUGGUUUUUGUCCAGCAGCAGCAGAACUAGCUGAUUGUUGAUCUGUAGCUCCACAGGAAUUACAUUUAUGAUAUUUCAGGUGGUUCUUCCAGGGGUACAAAUUUAAAGUUAUGUGAUACAGUUUACACUCUGAUCUUGGAUAAUUUAGGCUAUAUUUUCUCUAUCUGACAUUUCUACAUACGUAUUACUGUGCACUGAAUGUUAGGAUCAUGUAUAUAUCAUAAGUGAACAGCAAGCUAAUCUAAUCUAAAGUUUUGCAAAAUUUUCUAUUUUUUCAGAUGUCAGUGUGUAAUAUUUUGUAAGACCUUUUCUUUACUGGUUUGUGCGUUUAACUGUAAGCUACCUGCACAUGUUGUUAAUCUGUAAUGACAAUAUUUAAAACUGUGUCAAACACAGAUUGUCUUGUUUUCCAUGACAUAACCAUUAACUAUGAUUCUGUAAUAAGCAAACGAAGAAGGUAAAAAAGGGAUGCAUCCCACAG